AUGUCCCAUCAUGGCAACACCAGACACUCCCGAUUGAUGAGGAGGAAAUACAGGUCCCCUCCGGAUCAGGAUGGGCGUGCGGGUCACAGCUUCGGGCAGAAUGAGGACUCCUCAACCGAGUCGAUUUUGUCCCAUGGGUCUGCUCUUCAGAGAGAGGAGGAAGGACAAGGAAACGAUGCGCCGAGUGAUCAGGAAUCAGAAUUGGAGAAGCGUCAGCAGGCUGUCAGACCCGACGACCAGACUACGGUGCUGGCCAGGGUGAUCAGCGUGGUUGACCAGGAUUCUCAAGCAUUACCUCCGGAUGCCGCUGCAACGGCUCACCCGACAAGCACAAAGGCGUCGCAGGACGAUUCAGAGCACCCCACCAUUCCUGAUACCUCGUCCGACCCCAGUCAUGUUACCCAUAUAGACCGUCCCACGGUCUCUGAUGCUUUGCCCGAUUUCCAACUUGUGACAACGGCGUCCUCAGCCUCGUCGCACGAGGAACUUCCGACAGCCUUGCCUGGAUAUCCUUCUCCUUCAGCGGACAUCCCGACGAUGACGACCAGUCAAGACACCUUGACCACCACUGCACCAUCCUCCACAGAUAAUGCGAUCAGCCAGACAUCCGUUCGAACAUCCCACGCUGUGAUCGGAACCAGUGGGGUCAACAGCUCAUCCAGCAUUCGUGUGUCCAGCUCAGUCGUUUCGACCCCCAGUCCCAGCCCGUCCUCAAAUUUGACAUCGAGUACUAUCUCCACUACAAGCUCGGUGCAUCUCGCAUCCACGACGGCUGAUACUUCCACCGUAACCUCUAUCGUUACUUAUGGCUGGGGAGACGGGUCCGGGGCCACCAACACAGGGGCUGGCGCCAUACCCACGACAACCGACGCUUCUUCGGGAGCAUCCAGCUCGCUCGAUAGCGAAACCAAAGGCAAGAUCGCCGGAGGUGUUGUCGGCGGCGUGGCAGGGGCGUUGAUUUUGCUGGUUAUUGCCUUUCUACUGCUCCGACAGCGUAAGAAAGGUCGCCAACUGGUCCAAGAGGGACUCCCCGCCGGCCCCGAAACCGGCACGGCGCUAGGAGCGGAAUCUGUGAGCCGGUCCGCUGAGAUGGCCUCGCAACGGUCGAGUAACGACCCCUUGUUCACGGCGUCGUACUUUGCGCCAGCGUUUAUGAGACGGUGGAGGCAGUCUAAUCAGACGAUUCGGACCGACAGCACGAUCGCCUCCAGCACGAGUGAGCGCGGUUUCCAGAAAAUAUCCGGCCGAAAGAUCCCGUCCGUGCUGCAGUCCGGCGGUGAUGGGUAUGGUGGUGGCUUCGAAGCAAUCUCCCCGACGGCGUCCGAGCCCAGCAUGUCCCCGGCGUCACCGGUGCAUCCGCGCUCGCCGACGGCGCAACCACCGCCUUCGGUGCCGUAUGGAAUGCAGCUGGACACGAGCUAUACACGCGAGACGGAGGAGUCGGACCCGAUGGUGAUCUUCCGGCCCUCACCCGCCCGGACGCCCGUUGCAGGCUCGGCCAGCGCCAGUCUGUCGAAUGAACCGAUGGGGUCGCGCGCCAUUCCCCAAGUAUCAGGGGUAUUAUCUCCCACGAUCCCCAAACGACCCGACAUGCUGGGUCGCAGUCACCCGAGUUUUGAUGGAAGCCGCGGCAGUCGAUUCUCCGAGAAUCUCUGA